AUCAGCGCGGCCCUCGGUGGCUGCGCGCGGCGCUCUGCGGCCGCCAUUUUGUGGGAGGGCGUUGACGAAGGGCAGAGCGCGGCGGCAGCGGUGAGGUAGCGGCUGGGCAGCAGCUGAGGACAAGCAGCCAUGGCUGGCCAUGACUCGGGAUCUCAACACCAGUUCACUGGAUUUGCAAAGUACUUCAAUUCCUACACUAUCACGGGCAGGAGGAAUUAUGUAAUAGCAACAUACACUGGCAUUGCACUGAUCAUCUUGUAUUUCAAGCUUAGACCCAAAAACAAAACUCCUGCUGUGACAGAUAAGUAAAUGGUUGCUGGCAUGUCUGAACCUCCAGUCUGCAUCAGUGUAAUGCAAGCUGAUGACCUGUCAUGGCUAAUAAAAUUGAAAUGAUUACUUGUUUUAUUUGUAAUAUGAAUGGCGCAAAAAAAAGCACAAAUGUGCACUUCUUGUUUUUCCUCUGUCAAAAAAAUGGCUAUUUGUAACACAGAUGGAGUAACUGAUCCUUGUCAUUACAAUCUUAACUAAACUUUUCUGUUGUUACUAUACAUCCUAAAGUGUUCUGAGCACCUGGAAGUAACCUGGGAAAGACCACAAUGCUAGCAUAGAGCUUACAGCUGGUGAAAGCAUCUCCACACUUUCAUGUCUCACUGGGUAAUGGUGGGCUCACAUGGUUUGUAUUUAUGUGGUUGCUCGUAUUUUUUUGUAUUCCGGGCUAGUAGCUUACAUGGAGAUCAUGACUUCUUCACAAUUUUUAGUGCAAUGCAGAUGACAACUUCUGCCUCAGUUGUCCAUAUUUUGCAUAGGUCCUGUUUGGUUGCCAUGCAAAACCUCCCACAUUAGAAUGAUAAAUAAUGAUACUUGAUUUACUUGCCUUUCAGAGAUAACUGCCAGAAAGAAAAUUACUUACUUUGCUUAUGUUAAGCUCUCAUAACCCUGCAUGUUUGUAAACAGUGAUUGUAGUUCAGUUUUUCUUGGACACAGACUCUUAAUAAAUGGAGUGCGCUUA